CUGUAAGUAAGUGCAACUUUCUACACUGACGUUCAAAUUUAGACAUAAAAUCUAUGAAGCUAAUGUCAACUUUGACAUUUGUUGCACCUAGAGCGUAGGUUUAGAACGCAGCCAGAUGUCAAAAUCAUAUGUACAAACGACAACAAUCAUUUGAUUUCAUUCAAUUUCAACCAUUGCUUGUAGAAAACACGAGCUUCAUUAUAAUAAAUUAAAUCAUUCAAACUGUGAUUGUUACGUUAUAAGAAUCUAUAACUCUAAUGUAACUGAAAUCAUUUUAUUAUUUAUUACUGUGACUGUGACUCAAUUCAAAAUGAACGGUGCCGGUGAUGAGAAUAAUGGAUUAAAACACAAAAAUGCAGAAUAUUCGAGAGAGCCGCGAGCAUACUCCGGAGUACCCACUGACGAUUAUCAUGACGUGCGCGACGAAAAGCCCUGGCAGCGGGUUGUCUUUGAAAUUACAAGAAAAGGGCUACAUUUGUAUGAGCCGGUGAAAUCAGUCCCCAGUAUAUUUAUAAUACUGGUGCUGGGCCUGUACAUUCUGCUCGGCUUCCUCACACAACUCAUCGAGGAUGACAUGCCCAGGGUCAUAACGGAGGCUGAGAUAUCUAACGAUGAUUGGAAUACGUUCAGCGAGGAAUCAGCCCUCAAGUAUCUCCAGCGUAUAAUCGGCAACCAGCCGCGCGUCGCCGGCACCUCCUACCAUCUGCAGAAGACCAGGGAUAUGUACGCGAUAGUCCAGGAGAUCGCGUCCCAAGCCAGGAUACCCAUAAGGACGGAGUGGCAGGUUGCUUCCGGUGACUAUUUGCUGAACUUCAGUAGUCCAUUCGUAAAUUACUACCAGAAUGCGUCGAACAUCAUCGCCGUGUUAGAGGGAGAGAGCGGAUUCAAGGCCAACGGCGAAACGGGGGCAUCUCUUCUAGUCAACUGCCACUACGAUUCUGUGCCCUUUGCUUUAGGUGCAUCCGAUAAUGCAAUAUUCUGCGCGUGUAUGGCGGAAACACUACUACGAUUAUCGCGAAGACAGCAGCGAUUAAAAUACAAUAUAGUGUUCCUGUUCAACGGGGCCGAGGAGAACCCCCUGCAGGCCAGUCACGCGUUCCUUCAACACAGAUGGGCGGUGGGAGUGACUUCUGUACUGAAUUUAGAUGCGGCGGGGAUGAACGGGAAACCUUCUGUGUUCCAGGUGACAGAUAAACGCAUUCUAGGAGCCUACGCUCGCGGUACACCCCGCCCCAGUGCUCAAUCUGUGGGUGAAUUCCUGUUCACUUCCGGCAUUAUUCCUUCAGACACCGACUUCCGGAUAUUCAGGGACUUCGGCAAUAUACAGGGCGUAGACGUAGCUUUCACUAAAGGCGGUCAUGUGUACCACACUCGUAACGACAGGCCGGAACUUAUCAAAACAGGCGUCGUACAAAACGCUGGCAAUAUGUUGCUGGGUGUGCUGAUAGCGGCUGCCGAUAUGGACCUCAAUGAAGGGGUGGAUUCCACUCCCAUGGUGUACAGCGACUACCUCAACAUGUUCGUGAUAACCUUAUCAUACCCCGCGGCGCUUGGCAUCGAUAUCAUGGUGGCGAUCUUGGCGCUACUAUCCGUCGUCUACUACGUAUGGCUGGCUGGACCGCGUUGGUCCACCGUACAAGAACUGCUGAUUGUAUUACUAGGUAGAUUGGCAGCACUGAUUGCCGGUUUUACUGUAGUUUUGGUAACAACGCCACUCGCUGUAGCCACCACCAUACAACUGAGAUACUUAACGCAACCAUGGCUAGUAGUAGCGAUGUACUGGUUGCCUUACUUCAUCGCUACCGUUGCUGCCGCUCACUGCUUCGAUGCCUGGCGACAGCAAAAGAGUGGGUUAAACCGUUCCAUCCGCACUCUCCAAGCAAUGGCGGCGACUCGUUUAUUCCUAGCUUGUCUAUUACUCGUAAUGGCGGCUGUGCCGGCUAUAACUCCGUUGAGAUAUGCUCUAUCGGCGCCUUUACUUAUCAUGACUAUGGCCGCUUUCACUUCUAUAUCGGUGGUCAGAUAUUUGAGGCUGCAAGGCUACCAACACUUAAUUCUUGAAGUUCUGCUAUCCGUCCCCUCAGUAAUGUACAUCUUCAUGUUGGCCUUAAGACUGAACUCCAUCAUGCUGCCCAUCAUGGGGAGAUCUUCAGCAAACUACCCAGAUUAUUUAGUGGCAGUCAUUAAUCUGGUGAUGGCGAUAUUGGCGGGAAUCACUGUGUCCGGGGUUGAACUCCUUUUCUCCCGUCGCCGCCUGUGGUUGCCGCUAGGAUUGGUGGGCGCGACUUGCUUCAUCCUCAUGUUCAUCCCUUUCAGUCCUUAUCAGGAUGAAGGCACCUCUGUACAGAGGCAUCAUUGGUUUCACUCGGAGAUAGUAUCGUUCGACCGCUCCCAGUCGGUAGUGGAGCGCACCGCGGGAGUGCUCAUCACCAAGCACGACCCCUACACCAUCUCCCGCGCUCAACGAGAACUCACCACAGCUGGCCUCGCACUCAACGUCAGGACGGACAACAUCAAUAGUUGCGCUUAUAGAACUUACUGCGAUCUACCGCUCUAUAGGAUGGCGUUUGGGAGAGUGCUGAGCGAAGCGUUAUUCAUAUAUACUUCGCCCCCGGCGCCGCUCACGCCGGCUCCUCACGCUGCGGCCAACAUCCAGUGUAACGGCGAUAUAUGCAACUACAACUUCACAUUCACAGUGUCUCCACACAACCUAAUAACGUUCCAACCGCGUAACAACGUGUCUUUACUGAGUUGGUCGCUACAAUCGUCGCCUUGGCCUGCGUAUCGCCUGCAAGAUAGGCCGGUGUACUCCAUCAUACAUUCCGUGGCCACAUACAAUGAGGCCAUACCACCGUUGAGGAUAUCGCUGGUGUUGCGGGCCCCAGUCUCCAUACAGUCUGGCCCACUUCUAGACGUGUCUCUACAUUCUCAUCUGAUCCAUCAUCCAGAAGCAUUUACGACAGAAUACACGAAUUUACUAGCGUCAGCACCGAAGUACUUCAACAUAGCUAGCUUUAUUAGUUUCAGGCACAACUAUGUAUUUUAACGGAAGUGAGAUGUAGGCAGAAUUUAGCUUUAAUUCCCGCACUCAAUCACUUAAAUUAAUAAAGUUAACUAAACUAAUUAAAAAAUUAAGUUAGCUAAUUAGUUAAGUUACUAUGUUCUUUCGAUAGCAAUAAUAUAAGACAAAAUCUUGUCUAGUCUUUGAUUGAAUACACGCCUAGAUAUCGCUAGCAGAACCGCACUGAAGCGGCCCAAAAAAUAUCUACUAAAUAUGGUAGAUACGCACGCACACAUUGAUUGAAUGCUUUAAAACAUUCUAACAUUAGAGCCGCGCACACAUUGCGCGUAACAUGAGCCGUUUUCUUUGGAUUACUCUAUUUGAGCGUUUAUAUAAUCAAAGACAAAUUUCUUGAGUUCAGUUUGAGAAGUAAAGUCAGACCACGAUAAGUCAGCAGUGGGUUGGCAGUAGAAAAAAUUAAAACUGCACAUUGUAGUACUGAUAUUAGUUAAAUUUAUUUUAUUUAAAACUUUAUUAUUAACCGUCUUAAGAAGGAGAAGGUUCUUAAUUAUUAAAAUAUUGUUGAUUGCACAUUUAUGGGCCGACUCAAAUAGUAAAAACGGAGCCCUAACAAACUAGUAUCAAGAACUUAGUCCAAACUUACUCGUUGAGGUUAGGAUUUCUGCAAAACAUUGCUCUUUUUUUCCCAAAAACCGACUUUAUUUGUCCGAAUCCAAUUUUCUCUCUUCUAUUUACCCCACAAACAAAAAAAAUCAAAAAAUGUUCUUCAAAUUAAAAGAUUCUUGGAUGACAUUUUUAAUGACGUCAUAAAAGGACUGCCAGAUAGUUUUCUUGGUGUGACCAGAUUAUUGACGCUGCAGAGUUAUCGUGGUUCGACUUUAUUAAAAUUUACUGCCAUCUUUUUCUUCCUUUCAUAACUUUUCAGUUACUUUCGAACUAAUACUGUCAAUGGUGUCGAUUCUGGCAUAAUUCUCUAUGAAAACGAGAGACGGGUGUUUACAAUAUCCCGGAAUCGACAUCAAUACCUCGUAGCUGUAGCCUUUACCAGCUGAUGUUUUGAGUGCGGGACGGUCGUAAUUAUAAUUAGACGUAUGGCGGACCCGACGAAAUUUAAUUACUUUUUUAUCUGUUGUUGAGCCUCCCUUUAAUGCGGCCCUGAUUACGUCAAUUUACAAGUCAAAUAAGAGACUUAUUUUAUAGUAUGUUGUAAGAUUUAAAAGAAUUUUAUACGGACCUACAGAGUGACAGAGAUAAAGCCUAUUAUUUUUCCUGUGUGUCAAAAGUAGUCGUUGAACAUCUUAUAAUGUUUUUAUAAAUGUUAAAUCAGUAUUAUUAACAAAUUUUACUUCUGACUUUUCUAGUCUAAAAAAAUCCUUUUCUUUCUGAAAAUAUAUUUUUAUUUCGGGUUUCAUUGCCAGUCACACUUUCUUAAGAAUUCGAUCAAAUCCUCUAUUGCUCAAUGUGUGCAUAUCCUUUAACUUAUUUGAAAGAUUGUACUUAAUUAUUACCGAAUAAUUUUGCUAACCGAUUUGUUGCAAUUAAUCUUAGUCAAACAUUAAUUUGUGGUUGUGGAUAAAGAGGUUACAGAUUAUUAUUUUAUGAAACUAUCCAAAGAUUUUUUAUUAGUGACAAGUAAAAAAACUUUAGAUAAAAAAUCGAGCAAGUCAAAUAAGACACACUUAAGACUAAAAAUAUAAGUAACAUGAACAAGUAGUUAUAGUGUAUUCUUGUUAUUUAUUUUGUACUUAAAAAUUGUUAUGUGAAAGAGGCCUUAUUUUUUUCAUAUAUUUUUUUACGUGUAAAUGUUACCUUUUACCUUAUAAACAUGCAUAUAUAUUUGAUAAUGUGAAUAGGUUUAAGGAACGUGGACCAGUGGAAUAAAAGACUUUAUCGAUAAAAAAAAUGUUUUUAUUU